AAUGACUAUCUGCGCGAGUGGCAGUACAAGACCGAGGACUACUUAGACUUGCUCCUUCGGCGAGAGGGUCCACCUUCCAACAGGAUGUGCUCUGUCUGUCCAAAGGAUGGAGUCUACAGAUGUCAUGGCUGCAUGGGUGAACCGCUCUUCUGUACCCAUUGCUGUCGGACGUUUCACAGCCGCAUGCCUUUCCAUCGGAUCAGUCAAUGGACUGGGGGAUUCUUCGAAGACACUUCCUUGACCAAGAUUGGGUUUGAAGUCCACCUUGGCCAUGCAGGCGAGCCUUGCCCCGGACUGACCGAUGAGUGGUGCGACACAGAUGAUGAAGGAGACCAAUUCACAGAUGGCCCAUGGAUACCAUUGGUUAAUGAUCCUCAGAUGACUAUGGUGGUGGAUACGUCCGGGCUCCACUCCAUGAUGAUCAGAUUCUGUCAGUGCGCCGGUGCACUGAGCCCGGACAUGCAACUAUUUGAAACCGGCCUCUUCCCUGCAUCUUUUACUUCGCCGAAGACAGCAUUUACAUUUGCGGUGUUGGACGACUUCCUGCUGGACAACCUGGAAUGCGGGACAUCGGCAAUGAACUACUACAGUAAAUUAAGAAGAAUCACAUCAAGCGUGUUCCCUCAUCUGGUUCCAGACCGGUACAGAGAAUUGAUGAGGGUCGGCAGGCAGUGGAGACAAGUGAAGCAGCUCAAGUGGCAUGGGUUUGGCCAUGAGAAGCGAAAGCCGAAGGCAGGGGAGCUUGCACUCUUCUGUCCUGCAUGUCCUCAGCCCGGUGUAAACCUCAGUAUGUCAGACAGAAAUGGAUCCGACCCUGCAUGGCUAUAUUCCAGAUCUUUGGUCAUGGAUGGCAAUUUCAAGGCCGAGCAUUUACAUCCCACCAAUCCGACCGAUGAAGUGGCAUUGACUGACGGCUUGGGCUUCAUGGUCAGCGACGCCCAAUACAAAAUGCAUCUAUCCCAGGCGCAGGACAUUGUACAAAGGUCAGACUGUAAUAACCACCGAGCAGUCAACCAAGCAAAUGCUUCCCGCCACCGGCUGGAAGCCACAGGGAUAGGAGGGUGUGCUUGCGCGAGACACGGGUGUUUUGUCCCUCAUUCAAUGGUGGACUUUCAGAAGGGGGAAAGACAAAUGAAUAUGGAUUACGCGCUGUGUCAAGCUCUGGGGUACAACACCGAUGGUAUUGAUCGGGCAUUGACUUUCUAUGACAUCAAUUGUCAAUACAACAAGCAUCUGAGCAAGCGGAUUGAGGACUCGCCCUAUCUUGACCUUCCAUGGGGCAUGGAGAUUAUUCCUGGCAUCGGGCUCUGGCAUGUCCACGGCCAUCAAGACAAAUGCUAUGUGCGGUAUGCAUCCAAUUUCAUAACAGGUGCCGCCAGAAUCGACGGUGAAAUCAUGGAGACCCUGUGGGCGCCCUUGAACAUCAUAUCACCGUCAGCAAGAGGGAUGUCCACCCCUCACCGAAAGGAGUGUUUGGACUUUCAGAUGAAUGAUUGCAAUUUUAUGAAGAUGAUACGCAUCAGCAAAUUCCUUUGCCGAAAAUUUAAGGAGGCCAUGCAGGGAGUCCAAGACAGCCGACAUGCAUUUGACCGGUUGAGCGAGACCGCCGAGGAUGACACCCUUGUCAAAUGGGAAGCAGAGGCCACUGCUGCUGAAGAUGACCGACUUCAUAAUCCCAGCUCCAUGGAUAUAUACGAAGUUCAGUUGACCAAAGCACCAACAAGAAAACAGCAAGAGUUGCACCUACUGAACCGUCAGGCACAAUGGCCCGCUGGUGAGAUUCACCGGGGUGCUGCAACUUGGCUGGCCUGUGGAAUGACACUGGAGGAAGUGCAAGUAGCCCUCCUGAUCGAUGUCAACAAGUUGGGGAAACGGCCGACCGACAAUCAGAAGCUGGCUAUUGCCCGGCGUUGUGACAGAUUGCAAGGUCAACUAGAUGAAUUUGUGAGGGUCGCACCGACAUUUCUUGGCAAUGAAUUCAACAGCUGCGACCAUUUGGACGGUAUGACAGUUAUGUUGGACGCAACAGAAUUGGAUUCCGUCGGAUCAUCAUCGGAGGCUCCCGAUCGGUCAGAUGAUGAAGACCAACGUAAUAUAUCGGUGGAGUUCAAUCCCGAGACCGUGGUGAUUCCAUUACCGUCAAACAUCGGAAUCGAAAGGUGCGCCGAGUGGGGCGUCUCCGACCUUGUGCUACAAGAAAUAUCCUUAAGAGAGGGCCAAGCAAACGAUGCAUUGCAUGCUGUGAGGGUCAACUUGGCCAACAAGGCUGUUCUCUUUCGCACCACGGUUCGGUCAGCAAAGUCACAAGCACGGUCGACCAGAGCAUGGGCUCGUGUGCACUCAGUUGACAGAGUUCUUAACCUCAACACACAGAUCUACGCAAAAUGCCGGAAGCAGCUCAUUAAUCUCGGUGCCGAUGACUUAUUGAUGAAGUAUCGGCUAUUGGAGAAGGCCGACCUCAAGGCCACUACCGUGGUGGCAGACCCAAAUGCCCGUGGUCAAAGAAAUAGCACAUUAGCCUGGUUUUGGUCCAUUGACGUCGAGGGGGAUUCUACCAGCAAUGACUGGAUGAAUGAAUUUUACCGUGUCCAUUGGCUCAGGACAUUGGCACUGCGAAAUCGUUGGGAAGAGGAGCUACUGCUGGUCGGUCGAGAAAUGACAUGGACGGUUGCAUUCUUUAUGCAUAAAUCUCAACAAUGGGUCCGCAGAAUGCAGGAGGCCGAUGCAAAGGACAUCAUUGGGCACCGCUGCUGUGCAGCCCGCCAGGCUAAAAUGUAUCUCCGACUAUCCCAGCAUGCAGAAGACAGCUUUGAGAGAACAAAAGGGGUGGCUGAGGUUGCGGAGUGA